AUGAGCAAUGAAGUGGUUGGCUUCAACUAUCUCAAGGAGUUGUAUGCUGAAGAUGAGGACUUCAAGGAUGCAUGGAUGAGCGGCGGUUACUACAAGGAUAAGUCAGUUACAUUGGAUGAUGCGGAGGAAGCAAUGUUGGAGCUUUACUGCAGAAGGGCACAAAUAGAGGAUGGUCAGAGCAUCCUGGACCUUGGAUGUGGGUUGGGCCCAAUUAUUCUCCAUAUUGCAAAGAAAUAUAGGAAUUGCAAUGUUAUGGGAGUUACGAUAUCGUCCUCUGAUAAAGAGCUGAUAGAAGAGAAGUGUAGGUGCCUUAAGUUGUGCAAUGUGGAGAUCAUCGUCGCCGACAUAACCAAAUUUGAAACAAAUGCAACCUUUGAUCGUGUAAUACUCAUUCAGGUGCUUGAGCAAAUGAAGAACUAUCAACAAGUUUUGAAGUUGAUAUCGAAAUGGCUGAAGAAUGAUGGCUAUAUCUUCGUGGAUCAUUUGUGUCAUAAAACAUUUCCUUCCCACAAUAAGGCAAUUAGCGAAGAUGAUUGGUUCGCAAAGUACAUCUUCCCAAGGAUAUUUCCUUAUGAUGCAGCAACAAUUCUGUCAGCUUCCUCACUUCUUUAUUUCCAGGAUGAUGUUGAGGUUGUGGACCAUUGGCUUUUAAACGGAAACCAUUACGCACUUUCAAGUAGAGAGUGGCUAAAGAGAAUGGAUGAGAAUGCUGAUGUGCUGAAAGGUAUAAUAAAAGAAGCGUUGGGAAGUGAGGAAGCUGCUACAAAAUGGGCUUAUUAUUGGAGAAGCUUCUUCAUGUGGGGUUUCGAACAAUUCUCAUACAACGAUGGUCAGGAAUGGAUGAUUUCGCACAUUUUAUUCAAGAAGCCAUGUAUCCAUUCUCACUUCCGAUGA